AUGAGGAAACUUGGUGGGAUACUCUUGUUAUUUGGGAUUGCAACAGUACUUGGAAAUCUUAAUGUUGCUAAGGGAAAUACAAAAAUUCAAAAUUUAGUGGAGCUUAGAAAAUCUAUUUUAGACCAUGAAAAGGAAUUAAAUUAUUUGCAUGGAAUUACAUCUAGUCUUGUUGGAGAAACUGGAGAUGCUUUAAAAUCUAGUAAAAAAGUACCAGUAUUUGCUGAAGUAGGGAGAAGUCCUAGUGCAGGCAUACCCUCUACUUCUAUAAAAAUGACAAUGAAAUUCCCAAAUAUAGCCCCUGUUCAUGUUAGCAACAAUAAAAUACGUGAAGAGAUUGAUCAUAUGUCUAAAGGUGAAGGUCAGGUAGUGCCAAAUAUAAAUCCAAUACCUUUAGUUGUCAUUCGUCCAGAUGCCUUAACAAAUAUGAUAGCAUCUCUAUCUGCAUCUGUUCAUCAGAGAAAAAAAGUAGAAGACAAAAGAGUUGAUAUUUUAGAAAAGCUGUUGGAUCAUAUUGAGGAUAAAGAUGCAUUUAAGAGAGUCGUAAAAAGGUCCAUAAACUCUCUUGAAUCCGAACUUGCCUUCUUCUUAGCUGACAAGUCAAUUGCGCAAAGAAAAUCGUAA